CCCCGCCCCCUCCUCGCACUCAGCCGCCCGCCGUUCCCCCCCUAAGCUUCGUCCUAACGCGGGGGUCGGUCGCACUCUCCUCACACUGUCUCGUGGCGGCGUCCAGAGGCGUGUUGGCCGCGGUUUGGAAAAAAAUAGUCAGCGUUUAAACGCCUGAUGAGAACACGGCCGGUGCUUCUGACGGCGGCAGGAGAAGCCCUAGGGAUGUGUGCGAAGCUGAGAGGUCCUCGAGGCACGCUACUGACUGGGUUAUGGCUACCUUUCCUGACCACAUCCCUGCUACUCCUGGCGCUGACUAAAGGAGGUGAAGGCGCUAGUGUAAGCACAUCAACGGAGCUCCCGCCUCAAACCCCGUGUCAGGUGCUUCUUGACGCUGCAUGCAGAGGUCUGGGCUACGAGGAGACGCCGCUGCCUGAAUCCUUACACCACAAGUUACCUAAUCAUGCAUCCGAGGAGCUUCUAUCCUUCCUACCUCUUCUACAGGUUGGGUGUUCUGAGGGUCUAAGGGAGUUUCUGUGUGCACUCUACAUGCCUGUGUGCACCAACUACGGGUUCCAUCUGCCCCCAUGCCGCUCACUGUGCAAGAAGGCGCGGGAGGGGUGUGCGGAGGCGAUGAUGGUGCUGAGCCUCUCGUGGCCGUCAAAGUUCGACUGCACCAGAUUCCCUGAACACCACGAGCUGAUGUGUGUCACCACCCUGAACCAAAGUAGUUUUGGAAGCUUCCCACCACAACCACCACCACCACCACCGCCGCCCCUGUUUUCCUCCCCUUUCCCUUCCUCCCCAGAGCCAUCCUUCCCCUCCCACCACAGUAUUCUGCUAACACCCUGCACCUCCAAUGCCGACUGUGUAUUUGAGAGGGCUGUGUGUCGCGGAGGUGAGUGUGUGUGUGAAUAUCCAAGAACGUGGGGACCAACGGGCUGUGAAUAUACUCAGAUCUUGGGCGGCCAAUGUACAUCUGAUAGCCAGUGCUCCUCUGUUACACUCCAUUCUGUAUGCAACAAUUCUGUGUGUACCUGCGUGCCUCCCCUCACGAGUUACCUGAACCAAGCAUGCAUCCACGCCAGCGGCAUCGGGGACAUGUGCUAUAAUGACGCCCAGUGCCGCGCUCUCAACAAGUUCAGCUUCUGUCGUCUAUCAGUGGCAGAGGUGGUGGGCGUGUGCGCAUGUGACCCCGACCAGUUCAUUGACUCAAGAGGAUAUUGUGUGCCGCGCCUCGGAGGGCGGUGCUACAAGGGGGACUGUCCCAGGCAGCUUGGCGCCGCCCUAUGCCAGCGGGGGAGAGAUGCGGUACUUAAGUGUUUUUGUCGCAAGAAGGCUGUGCAGAGGAGGGGCGUGUGUAUCCCCCCGGCGUAACACACACACACACACACACACACACACACACACACACACACACACACACACACACACACACACACACACACACAUACACACACACACACACACACACACACAGAUAGUAUACAGUGUUUACUCCAGGUGCCACUUCAAGACGUCCACUUCCACCAACUUCUAUGUCAGUUUCAAGGCUUCGCGCUUCGUCCUCACCCAAGCUUUCUUAAUGGCGCAAUACAUGGAGGCGGAGACCAACACGCUAUCUCGCCUGACACGGCCCCUUCUGUGCUCCCUCCAGUCACCUAUAUUUAGCUCACCUGGACACCACCUCGGAACAACAAACUAAAUUAGCACCUGCAGUACUACACAUCAUUCAUUAUUAACAAGAGUGAACGUAAGGGCUUUUUUAUAUAUAUAUUCGCUACUGUCUUGUAGUCUAGAUUUUUCAAUAAAUAUAAAGAAAA